GCUAGUUAUUUUCUUUGUUGUUGCGAUCCAUAUGAAUUGAUGAAUGACUGGAAUAACGUUGCGUAGUUCGAGGCAAUUGAGUCGGGGAGGCGCAAGAGCAGAGCAGGCACGAGAGCUGCUUGGGCGUUGCUCAAAUAAGAGGCAUCUUUGCCAAAUGCAGGCCGUCAUGCUUACCACAGGUCUUGUUGAAGAUGACAUACUCCUCUCGCGAUUCAUAUACGCCUCCGCGUCGCUUGGUUUUCCCUCGUAUGCCUACUCCGUAUUUUCCAACACCCACACGCACUGCCCCAGCAUCUUUGUCUACAACAACAUUAUAUGGGCUCUCUCUUCCUCCAAUCCCCCUCUUGCCUUUUCAAUCUUCAACUCUAUUCGUCGCCUUAGCCUCAGGCCCGACUCUUAUUCUUUCCCCUUUGUACUCAAGGCUGUCCUCUGCUUAGUAGAUUCACCAAUUGCCCUUUCCCUUGCUUCCCAAAUUCACUCCCAAGCUGUUGCUGCUGGGUUGAACUCCCAUCAUGAAGUGGCUGCGUCCCUUGUUCGCGUGUAUUCCUCUUGUGGCCGUUUGUCUUGCAUUCGGAAGCUCUUCCAUGAAGUCCCACUCUCUUCCAGGUAUACUUCCCUGUGGAAUGCUAUCCUUGCUGCUUAUGCCAAGGUGGGUGACAUGACCACUGCACACGACUUGUUUGAGAGUAUGCCUGAAAAGGAUAGGAAUGUUGUUUCGUGGACGACCCUUGUUUCCGGUUACUCGCAGAAACAUAAUCCUAAUGAGGCUAUCGCGCUCUUCCGACGAAUGCAGAUUCAUCGUGUGCAGCCGGAUGAGAUUGCAAUCCUGGCUGUGCUCUCCGCCUGCGCUGAUUUGGGUGCUCUCGAGCUUGGCGAGUGGAUCCACAACUUCAUCGAAAAGCAUAAGAUGCAUAAAAUUGUCCCCCUGUGUAAUGCCCUCAUAGACAUGUAUGCUAAAUCUGGCAACAUAAGUAGAGCACUCCAUGUGUUUGAGAAUAUGAAACAUAAAACGGUAGUGACCUGGACAACAAUGAUUGCAGGACUUGCUUUUCAUGGUCUCGGAAAGGAGGCCCUCCAUAUGUUUUCUUGCAUGGAAAAUGCUCAAGUCAAGCCAAAUCAAGUGACCUUUAUUGCCAUCCUUUCUGCUUGUAGCCAUGUUGGGUUUCUUGGACUGAGCCGCCGUUAUUUCUCAUCUAUGAGGUCCAAAUACGGAAUUGAACCUAAGGUUGAACACUAUGGCUGCAUGAUUGAUUUACUUGGGCGAGCUGGCUAUCUUCAAGAAGCAAAGGACCUGGUUUCACAGAUGCCUUUUGAGGCAAAUGCUGCAAUUUGGGGAUCCCUUCUUGCUGGUGCAACAAGAUACGGCAAUGCUGGGUUAGCAGCAGAAGCGCUGCAUCAUCUAAUAAAGUUGGAGCCUCAUAAUAGCGGGAAUUAUUCGCUGUUAUCAAAUACGUACGCUUCACUUGGUAGGUGGAGUGAAGCUCGGAUGGUAAGGAAGGCUAUGCGGGACACAGGUGUGGAGAAGAUGCCGGGUGUGAGUUUUAUUGAGGUGAACAACAAAGUAUAUGAAUUCAUUGCUGGAGACAAAUCAGGCAUCUAUUUUGUUGACAUAUGUGAUGUCCUACAUAGCAUAAAUGGGCAGCUAAAGAUGGUUUAUCAUAUAGUGGACAGCUAGAUGUUGAUGGCUGACAUGGACUAUUGUUCCUUUUUAGCUAGCACUCCUAUCGAUAUUAUUACUAAUUACUAAAGGAAUGCUAUUGAUUCCUCUUUAUUCAAGCAAUGGUUGCAUAACUUGCAAAGUGAGACUGGGAUUCUAGCUGAUGGCACCUUGGCUCUGAGACAAGUUCUAAUUCAGGGUGUAGACAUGUUUGGAAAGCGCAUUGGGUUUCUCAAAUUUAAAGCUGACAUUUAUGACAAACAAACGGG